UGCGACAGCCUACAGGUAUUGUACCUAACCUACCUCUAAAUACCUAGGUAGGUACCUAAAAUAAAAUAAAAACACCUCUCCAGAACAUAAAAAAGUCACCAAAAUCAGCCCUGGUCUCGUUAUACCAGCUAUUACCUACGUCCAGUCAUUACGCCCGAAAAAACCCAAUUUCUAUACACCUUCACGACCUUCACAAUCGAGAUUCAAAAUGCAGCAACACCCAAACUACGGCCAUUCUCCGCCGCUUCACCAUCCUGUACCUCAACACGUCUCUACCGUUCCACAGUUACGAUCGCCGCCACCUCCGAUGCCUUCGUCGCAACCCCAGCAACAAGGCGUAUACGGAAAUCCCUAUCAACAAGGUACAACACCUACUGCUGGUAGUAAUGUCUUUGGUGCUUACGGGAAUAUCAUGAAUGAUCCUAUGACCGCUCAGUUCAUGGGCACGGUCGGCCAAAAUGCUUUCAAACAUGUUGAGCAGAAUAUGAACCGAUGGUUUAACUUCUCCGCUCUCAAACACUACUUUAACGUGUCCAACAAAUAUGUCAUCAACAAGCUCUUCCUAGUGCUCUUCCCUUGGCGUCAUAAGCCCUGGUCGCGAAGACAAGCUGUAGGACCGAAUGGUCAGGAGGGCUGGUACUUGGCACCACGCGACGAUAUCAACAGCCCCGACAUGUACAUUCCGGUCAUGGCGCUUGUCACAUACAUAUUAUUGUCGACGUUGAUAGCAGGCUUGCGGGGCCAGUUCCAGCCCGAGUUACUUGGAUAUACGGCCUCUACUGCGGGGGUUGUUGUUAUCCUCGAGAUAAUGCUGUUGAAGCUAGGGUGCUACUUUCUAAGUAUUUCGAACGAGUCUCAACUUCUAGACCUCGUAGCCUACUCAGGUUAUAAGUUCGUCGGCAUCAUUGUGACAGUCGCCAUCGCCGAGCUUAUGAACGGCGGUAAAGGAACUGGAGGUUGGAUCGGGUGGACAGUCUUUCUUUACACCUUUUUAGCGAAUUCUCUCUUUUUGAUGCGGUCGCUGAGAUACGUUCUGUUACCGGAAAGUUCUGGGGGGGACGCACGAGGUCCAAUGCAGACAGAUACACGGACGAAGCGAAACCAGCGAACACAGUUCUUGUUCGCUUACUCCUAUCUUGUACAAUUUCUGUUUAUGUGGAUUCUUAGCAGAGGAUAGACUCGCCCCCGUCGAGCUAUAUUAUCGGCGCUCCCAGAGAUAUAUGAUGAGUGAUUCCCGAGGGUCACCAAAACUAUAUAUUUUCAUCAUACCGGAGAUUAAUGUUGUACAGAACCAACAAACUCCGACUUUUACCGUUGUUGCUCUAAUAGAGUACGGUAGUGAAGUACGAUGUAACAUCGAAGUCAUAUGAAUAUAUAAAAGAAGCCUUAGAAUAAAAUUGAAAUAAAAUAAUUCCGGAAGAAAAGAAAAAGGGAGGAGUUUUUAUCAUUACCGAGGAGGUAGUGUUGUAGUAGUAUUCUCCUGAAGACAUUCUCAUAGGUCAUAGGUGGCAUUGCCGUAAACUUUGUGGUGGACACUUCUGGUUGGUUGAAUCCUUACCGGUACCUACCUGACCUAAGGUAUUAUCAUGUAUUUUACAAUAGGUGCGCACUGUUUUCUGUUUGGUAUACUGUAAAUCUGGUCUUGGCCA